AUCAGACUCACUACACGUGAGUGGGAGUGACGCCCAUCCCUGGCCAUGAGUGACGACGUUUUUGCUUGAGCUGAACUAGAUGAAGCUGCUUCCAUAUUUUAGCUCGUAUUUCUGCUAAAAGUUGAUUUUGUAUAAAAGAAACAGUGCAUAGUAGAAGUCAGUAUUAUGAUGAGUUGUCCUGAAGAAGCUGUUUGUCCUUUUGGAGCUAGAUCAAAGAGUCAUGAAGAGUGUGAUUCACUUCAAAGCUAUACAUUGGCGCAAUUGUGUUUUAAAGAAAAGCACUAUAGUUCAGCAAUAGGGCACUUAAGUCAGUAUUUGUCCAUGAAACCUGAUGACUAUAAAGCUCACAAGCUAUUAGGAGAUAUUAAUAAAUGUGAGGAUGAUACAGAUGGUGCAUUGAUAGCUUAUAAAAGGUCAUUGUAUUUCAAAAAGGACCAGCCUGACGUUCUAAUAUCAAUUUGUGAAUUGUAUUGUGAAAGAGAUUAUGUUCCAGAAAAUGAUCUAAAAGGAUGGAUUGAGAUAUUGACUAGUUGUCAUCCCAAUCAUCCUGUCAUAGCUAAAUUAAAAGUAAAGUUGGUUGUUGCCAGAGUCAAAUUGAUAUCUGAAAUUAUUGAAAGAAUGAAGAAAGGCUCUGAGGAUCAAUUACUUAUUAUGAAAUUAUUACACAGACUGCUAGACCAAGCCUCUCAUUUCUCCUUAUCUCCUUCACUCUCUCUCUCCAUUACUGACUGCAUUGAAGAGUCAUAUUCAUUCUUCAAAAGAUUCCGUUUUCUGUGUCAUUAUAAAACUUACAGAAAUAAUGUGGAACUACUGAGAUUGCUUAUACACUAUCUUGAGAAACUGUUAGCAAUGAUCUCAAGUGAUGCUGCUGAAGAAGGUUUCCUGAUGAUAGAAGUUUCUGUUUCAUUACUGGAGAUUUUAAUUGAAUCCUUUAACGUUGAAAUGGCAAAUGAAGUGAAGCAGAGAACUACCAGUCAAAGAUUAGAGCUGUAUUUAAUAAAAUAUGAUUGCAUUCUAUAUAAUCUGACAAAAAUGGUUAACAUUCAUAAGUUGUUAUCAAGAGAAAUUCUGGUAGAAUUGAAGUCAAACUGUUACUUUCUAUUUUCGCAGUUCUUCUUUACAUUUUGUCUAAAUAAAUUUGAUUUGGGCAUGACUUGUCUCUUUGCAUCGCUCAAUACUCAGCCUCUUGAUAUGAAAUUAUUUAAAGAGCUUCCUAAAUCCCAGUAUGCUAAGAUGGAUAGGUGGUAUCAUAAAGGAGCAGCAAGAUUAUCAACUUCAGUUCGACAGUUACAACUAUUAUUAAAAAAGAAGAAUAAGAAUGUCAUUAUAAGUUGUGUUAAGAAAUCAACAGAUGAACUGGCAAUUGCUCUACAUAAGUUGUCUCCAAGCUUUGAUAGCAGGAGCUCAUUUCUGGCACUUGAUGACACACUGAUGUCAUUGAAUCCAAAGCUAUUAACACGCAAAUAUGAGACAAUUAUUGCUUUAGUUGCAGUUUGUGAUUAUACUUACAUUAAUGAGUAUAGUGAAGCUUUUUCAGCUCUUGUUUGGUUGUCAUUAGUCUAUAAAUCACAACUUAUCAUGGUACCUCCUUUUGAUUGGCUGGCUGGUUUAUUCCCAGAGUUAAAUGUGUCCACGUUUAGUUUGCUUACAAGCGACUCCUCUUCACUUUGUCGUUAUGAUAUAGAAGCCUUUUUAAUACUAUCAGUGAGUUUGUUUACCCGAGACCUCAAAACUAAUGAUUUGUGCUCUUUAUUGGUUGAUAAAUGGUUGUCUUGGCCGCUGAUAAUAUUACCUGAUCAUUAUAAUACUUUAUAUGAUAAUAUGAGGAGACUACACCACAACAACAUGAGUAUUAGUGAGCAGUUACUUAUUCAAAAGAGUAUCAGUUCAUUCCUUGCAGAGUUUCAUUGUUGUCGACCAUACGUUCCUCAUGUUAAUCAAGUACUGACCAUAGCAAGACACUUUAAAGAUAAAGCUGACUUAUUAACUAGCACUGACAAUGAAAGUGAAUCUAUAGAUGAGCUCAUUGAAUGGAGCCUCCACUAUUGGUCAGUCCUGUUAAAUAGGUACAUGCCUACGGAAACACAAACUGGACAUGCUCCAGAGACACAAGGAGCACCUCAAAAUGUUAUGAGUGCUGAGGAAAAAGAUGAGUGUCAUUUGUCAAUGGGUGAAUGUUUUGUGCAUAAAAAUUACUUUCCAUUAGCUUUAUCGUUUCUUGAACUGGUUCCAACUGCACAAUCAGGUCAUCUAAUAUAUCAGAUACGUAAAAUAUUAGCUGAACCUGAUUAAAAUGAUAAGGUGUUUCUUUUGCCAUUCCUAUAUACUUCUACUGUAACUUAUAUUCAUUAUUCAUUAUAAACAGAUCUACAUGUACAUGACAACUUUUCUCUGCUCUCUCUGAUGGUCACUGUGUCUUUAAUUCUUAAUUGUUUAUUCUAGUCAUUGCACUAUGACUAUUUAGUAUCAAAGUGAAUAUUAAUUAAAAAUUGAAA